AUGUCUCACGAGAGCGUCUGGUACUCGCGGCCCCGAACCUACGGCAAGGGUUCUCGAUCAUGCCGAGUCUGCACCCACACGGCCGGUCUCAUCCGCAAGUACGGCCUGAACAUCUGCCGUCAGUGCUUCCGAGAGAAGAGCCAGGAUAUCGGCUUCAUCAAGCACCGAUAA